UUCUCUUUCUUAAGUUGUUUCAGACACUGUCCCUACUAGUUUUCAAAGUUUAUUGCAAUCUCCACACACGGGGGGAGAGAGAGAGAGUACAGAGAGUGAGAGCGAUUGCCAGCAAGAGAGCAGGUAGGGAGUAUAGGGCAGGGAUCAUUCCAGAUUCAGCAACUGGCAGGCAGAACAUGCAGAAGGAAUUAAAUAUGAUGAAGAAUGAGAACAAUGUGGACAAUACACAGGCAUCUCCCUUGUCACGCUGCCUGCAGCCACUAGGCCCUGUUGAAAAGCCUCACAGAACUGUACCACUCAAUGAAGAGUUUGAACCACAACUUGCACAGUUUCAGUAUGGUCCUUCCCUAGGGGAUAUAGAAACCUUCCAUGGAUCCUUGGAAGGAGGGUCCCGAAAACGCAAAAGCAUGCCCACAAAAAUGCCUCCUACUGUCACACCAGAAGAUCCCACCUCACCAUCACACAGAUCUGAAGACAACAAUAGUCUUCCUUUGAUGUUUCAACAAUCCUCACAGCCCAAGUACAGCUCCCAAAUGAUAGACUUGUGUAACCUAGGCUUUCAGUUCUACAGGACUCUGGAGCAUUUUGCAGCAAAGCCCAUUAAACAAGAAUCAAUAAAGCCUAGUAUGAUGUGGCCUAACACACCUGCUUUUGUGCAGUCUCAUUACUCUUAUUAUCCAAAAGUUCAUCCUGGCCUGAUGUUUCCUUUUAUUGUCCCCUCAAAUUUUCAUAUCAGGAAUCCCUUUCAAAUGAAAAGUCCACCAGAGCCAUCAUUCAGGAGGACUGAAGCAAGGGAAAAUGGUGAAAAUAAACAAAAGGUGGAAAGAGUAGACGUCAAUCUCCAAAUUGAUGACAGCUAUUAUGUGGAUGUUGGGGGUGAACAGAAACGCUGGCAGUGCCCGAUGUGUGAGAAGUCCUACACAUCCAAGUAUAAUCUUGUCACCCAUAUUUUGGGACACAGUGGUAUCAAACCUCAUGCUUGCUCUCGGUGUGGCAAGCUUUUCAAGCAGCUGAGUCACUUGCACACACAUAUGUUAACACAUCAGGGCACUAGACCACAUAAAUGUCAGGUGUGUCACAAAGCUUUCACCCAAACCAGUCAUCUUAAAAGACAUAUGAUGCAACAUAGUGACAUCAAACCCUACAACUGUAGAAUAUGUGGCAGAGGUUUUGCCUACCCAAGUGAGCUGAAAGCACACGAAUCCAAGCAUGAGAGUGGCAGAGAGAAUAUUUGUGUGGAGUGCGGUCUAGACUUUCCAACUCUUGCUCAACUGAAGAGACAUUUAACAACCCAUCGUGGUCCUAUACAGUACAAUUGCACAGAAUGUGAUAAAACUUUUCAAUAUCCAAGCCAGCUGCAAAAUCACAUGAUGAAGCACAAAGACAUCCGUCCAUACAUCUGCACAGAAUGUGGCAUGGAGUUUGUGCAGCCCCACCAUCUUAAACAACACUCUUUGACCCAUAAGGGUGUAAAGGAGCACAAAUGUGGUAUCUGUGGUCGGGAGUUUACCCUGCUGGCCAACAUGAAGAGGCAUGUGCUGAUCCACACCAAUAUCAGAGCCUAUCAGUGUCACCUUUGCUUCAAGAGCUUUGUGCAGAAACAGACUCUCAAGGCACACAUGAUUGUUCACUCUGAUGUCAAACCCUUUAAAUGCAAGCUUUGUGGAAAGGAAUUUAACAGAAUGCACAAUUUAAUGGGACACAUGCACUUACACUCAGACAGCAAACCUUUCAAGUGUCUCUACUGUCCCAGCAAAUUCACCUUGAAGGGAAAUCUCACCAGGCACAUGAAAGUCAAACAUGGGGUCAUGGAAAGAGGAUUUCAUUCUCAAGGUUUUGGAAGAGGAAGAAUUACACUGUCCCAAGCAAGUGUCUUGAGAAGCUUGGAACAGGAAGAGCCUUUCGAUCUUUCCCAGAAAAGCCAAGGGAAAGGAAUUUCUUUUCAUUCUGAUGGUGAGAGUGCCAAGGGAAGCUCAUGUCAGGAGGAGGAAGAAGACAACUGCUACGAAGCAGAGCAGUACAGUCCUGGCAUGUACCAUGAUGACAACAGCAAGCUGUAUACACAUCAAGAUCUGUCUGGCAAACCAGAAUGUAUAAUAAAAGAUUUCAGGGAGUCUUACUGUGAUGAGAAGGAGGAAAUACUGAGUGAGGGAGGAGUGGAAAAGAAGAAAGGAAAUCCAGACAGAGAAGAAAACCAAGGAAAGAGAAACUUUUCAAACAACAAAGAAUGCAUGAGCUUUAAACCCUUUGAAAAGACCAGAUUCAGUCAUUCUCUGUCUGAUUAUCUUUACUUCAAACACAGAAACAAGAGUUUAAAAGAACUACUGGAAAGGAAAAUGGAAAAACAAGCAAUGUUUAUAAGCAUCUAAAUGGGCCACUUAAGUUAUAACUGGAAACAGGAAGUAGGCAGCUCAAAUAUUAUAGUUUUAACAUGAACUUUACCAAAGAGUGACAGUUUGUAAUGGUCUUUGAGGAUGAACCAGAUCAAAUCAAUACAGAUAAUUGGAGGUAAACAUGUAGAUAAUCUGUUGCAUUUCUUUGUGUCAUUGGACUGCUUAAUUUUUCUAAGGUAAACUAACAUUUUUAUACAUAUCGUUUAAUGUAUCAGCAGACCAUAAGGUGGGUACAGAGGUUUUAUUUUCCUUUGUCUAGGACAAUAGAGAAUAUUCCAGUUACCAAAACACAAUGUACUGUAGUGUUUGAUGUAUUAUAUGUCUAAGGAACAUGUAAAAACACUUAUUACUGUAGAUGUCACAAGAUCAGAAGAUAAUAAGUAUUUUUUAAAUAUAUGCAAAAGUAUUGCUAAAUAUGUAUGCAUGAAAAUACUGCCUGCCAUGCAAUCUCAGAACUAACACCACCAAGAAGUUUUGAGUUACUGAAAAUGACUACUUUAAUAUAGCUGUUUGCAGUGGGGAAUGGGAAACAAUAUAAAAGGAAACUUGAAUGUCUUGUCAGAUGGAGAAUAACAGCUUUAUAAAGCACAGCCCAGUUAAAGUCCUGGGAUUGCUUCAGGUAACACAAGCUUUUAUGACAUGCGGGAUCUUGAUGCUUUUCUGCACUUCUGUCAAUAUGGGAGAACUUAUCAAUUCUUCAAAUGAAAGUGCUUGGACUGAGCUGACAUUUUAUGUCAUUGUUCAUGCAGACCAGUACACUUGUACAGCAGCACACAUUACAUUUGCUAUAAUUGUGCAUAAACAAUAAGAGUGAGAGAGAAUUCAUUUCAUUGAGGGAAUGAUGAUUAAAUUGUGGUCAGUUGUCUAUGAGCUUGAGCUGGAAGGGCAGUGAUAAUUCGAAAUUCAAUAUACAACUGGUUUUGUUUUAGCAGAAUCAGUGUCAAACAAAACAGCCCUCCCUGCACCAGAACACCCCAUAGAAAGUAAUGACAACUUCCUGUAGUUUAAAUCACCUUCUAUUGGACUCACAAAUUGUUUCUCAUUAAUGCAAGUGACCUAUAGGAUCCAAUCUUUACACAUAAUUAAUAGAAAAUAGAGUUUCACUCAUGCUGUUCUUUAUGAGUCAGUCUCUCAAAUUUUCAUCCUCUGACUCGCAUCUUAUUUUAUGUUACUGGGCAGGGAGCAUUUAUUUUUAAUUAGUGCCAUUACGUUGUCAUUGAGUAUUUAUGUGGAACACAUAGAACUACUGGUCCUUUUCUCUGCCCACUAGAAACAAGUUGUUCAAAGCACAUUCCUUCCAACAUAUAAUUUGUUUGACCACUGCCCUGAUUCCUGCAUCUUCAAGAUUUAUAACAAACAGCCCCAGGCUACAUUGUUACUUAAAAGGGAAGUGAUAAAGUCUUAAUACCUGGUUGACUAAUUUCUUGUGUCAUUUUAAGAUCCUGAAUUGAUAAGUAAACAUGUGCUAAGAUUUUAUUUACAGGUACAUAAUAUAUUGAAAACAAUUUCAUUUUUUAUGUACCUGACACAUCCUUAAUUUUGAACUCUGUGCACCAUGCAAUAAAGGAGGUCUACAGCAUAGGAAUUUGAUAUGAUACACACUUAUUUUAUAUAAAUCAUAUAUUUAUGUGUUGUUAGGUUUAGAGACCUGUUACUUCUGCUUCAAAAUCUCAGCUAUCUACCACUCAGGAAAAUCCCCCUUGGGUUACAUAAGUCAUGGUUCUCGUACCCUUUCUCUGAGCAUGCUAUUACAUGGCAAUAUCACCCAUUUGUAGGCACAUGCAGACAAUCUGCAGCAGGAAGUGUGUGGUGGUGAAUGUUCACCUUCCAUACAGGGGACACAACAUGAAACACAGACCCUGAAUAAGUGGCACAAAAAUAUGGCUCUUACAGGACACUUAAGGAGAUGGGGUUUAUUUCUAGUGACAUUUUUAGAAUAAAUGCCAGGUUACACUGCAUUUGUUUGAACUGUAGGUAAUUUUAGGACUAUAAAUGUAUGACAUUCCUCAAAAUGAGGUAUGUUUGAAAGGCAUGAGGUAUGACAUUUUAUGGUAGGUCCAGGCCAUUUUGUCAAAUGCAUUUAGUUUCUGCAUUAUUUCCAACAAGAGACUAUACCCAUCCCAGUAGUUGUAUUAUAAAACAGACCUUGUUCUUCGGUAUCUAUUUUGCAAUCAGGCAGCAGACACAAUGGACAAAGGAAAGGGCUUGGGCAUCAGGAAACUUGGAUGAUAUCUCAGGGUCUGCCACCAAAUUACCGAGUCACAUUGGGCUUGUUGCUUCAUCCUCAUGCCACAGAUUUCCCUUCGAAGUGGGAAGUCGUCUCCUUUGUAAUAUACUUUGAAAUCUAUGAGUAAAAAGAGCAAACAGAGUUAAGCAGAAGGUAGGGCAGAGUAGCACCAUAGAAACUAGAAGGUUUAGAGGGACAUGAGCAUUCAUUAAGUAACAACCUCCUUUGUCAGAUGCUAUGUGAAAAGCUAGGUCACAUUAUUUUGUGAUAAGAGAAGUGAAGGGCAGGUCUGCACUGCUUCCAACAGUGCUGGGGGGCAUCACAAUGAAGUAUGCACUACAGCUUCUAGAGGCAUACUAGAGCUGGUGGACAACACUUGCAUGUGCUCAGCACUACUGCUAAGCUUUCUGCUGCAGGGUUAGGACCACUCUAAUAUCAGCUACAUUACAUGUUUUCGCACCUUCCACACACUGAGUGGGAGCAAGCAAGCAGAGCCUACUUCAUGGUGAUGCUCCUAGGUGUGACAUGGAGGCAGUGCAGAUGUCCCCAAUCAUUCAUGUGACAAAGUAUCCCAGUCAAAAGACACAAAUCAACAUAUACUCCCUCAACAGAAGCUUGUGCCAGAAGGUUUUCAAGGGUUUAGUAUUCACAAUCAGCUGGACUUUUCAAAACAGCUCAGCUCCUACUUAGGCACUAAAGUGGCUAGAUGUUCAGAAGUGCUCACUAGGGUGCAGAUGUUUUUUUAAAAAUCUGGCUUCAGGUGGGGGUGCUGCACACUUGAAAAUCUGGAUAUAUGAGCACAGUUGAUGAGGUCUUAUCCUUGUGGGUAGCCAGUGGAAAAGCUGUGGCACAAUUACAUGGUAUUCAGAAUUCCUUUAUUGAUAUUAGGGAGUCUUCGGUGAAGUGAGUGAGUACAAAUAUAUUAUUUUGCCUAGACAGGUAACCCAAAGCUUUUAACCACACAUUUGCAGAGAUUAACUCUACCCUGUUAUAUGAUCCCCUCUUACCCUUAGAGCAAUAGCAACAGCCAUCACAUACAAUGCUGUAGCAGAAAGGAAGAGGUAGUCAUAGAUGGUAUGAAGGGGAGGAUGGUCCUCUAAAACAGAGGUGUUCAACCCCCAGUCCACAGGCUGGAUCUGGCCCACAGAGCUAUGCUAUCCAGCCUACAGUGGACCCCAUGGACCUGAAAAUUUAGCAGUGUGGAAGUGGUGGUACCAGUUAUGCUCCCCUGCUGCCAUAUUUCUAAAUCCAUUGUGUGGAGGUGACCCAGGGUCCUAUCUGGGCACACAUGCUAGCUGACAGUGGUACAGGGCCCAAUUCAGCAGGUGGUACAUGCCCCACAGAUAUAGCGCAGGGCCCCAAUCUGGCAGUGCAGGCCCUGGGGAGAUGGCACAGGACUGAGGGAAGAGACGUGAGCCCCAGGGAAGCAGGAUGUGGCCCCAACCUGGCAGUGUGGGGCCAAGGGAAACAGCACUGGGCCCUAAUCUGGCAGCACAGAGCUGAUAGAGAUGGUACAGGGCCCCAAUCCGUGGGUAUGGGGCAAAGAGAGUUCAUGUGGGGACCCAAUCCUGGUGCAUGUGGUCCAUUCCAGCCCAUGGACCAGCCCCAUGCCACUCAUCUGGCUCACAGCCCCAAGAGGUUAAGCACCACUGCUCUACAUCUAUGAAAUCACAACACGUCAGUGGAAUCACAAACAACACCGUCAAUGAGAUAGGACAAUGGCAAAAAGCAACAUAGGCAAAGGGAUUCCCAAAUGACUCUCUGUCCAGAGGCACCUUCCCAUCUCAGAAGAUAGUGUAGCUGAGAGACCUGUUACACAGAAACCUCAAGGACACAUUUCAGGAUGGGACAUCAAUCUUUAUUGAGAAAUGUGUUGUUCUUCUAUUAUAGUUUUCUUCACAUUAUUUAAACUGCUAUUUUUUUAGGAUAGUCCUUAAGGGCUUUUGCUUUUUACAGCUCUGCAAAAUUCCUUGUAGAAUUAUAAACUGCAUUGAUGACUAAGUUCUUCUCCCAUUAUCAUUAGUGCAUGCUCAUUUUUGAUUUUCUGCUCUGCCACAGAACUUCUCUAGGAUUAUACUACAAAGGAGACAUUGAGGCCUUGGGGGAAGUGGCACAGAACAUUUUGCUUUAUUAACCAUAACCUUUCUGAUGUUUUAGUGAUUUAAAAAAAAAAAAAAAAAAAAAAAAUGAUUUAGAGGGUGACAUUGUUUUUCAUCUACAAGACUCCUCCAUACUCCCUGAAGCGACAUUUUGGCACAAUGGUUAAAAUUAAGUCCAGUUAUGUCAGUACUGUUGACUUUGUUCAUGUUACAGAAUUUGAUUCUCCCAUUUGGAACUGCUUAGUGACAAAUAGAAAAUGUACACAAAUUUCUUUGAAUUAAAUUAUUUCUUUAGGGAGCUCCAUAGAAGCCUAGUGAAGGCCAGUCAAUCUGCAAAGACAUGACAGUGGGCAGUGGAAGGGGUCAGCAUCUACAUGGGUAAGACUUUACUAUCAGGGCAGCGCUGCGAUGCCAAGUAGCAUUCUGCAAGGUACUGUACAGAGCAGAGUAAACAAGUAAGAAAUGUAAAGGAAUUACUAAUCAAAUCCAAGGAUUGAGACACACACAGCACAUUCUUCAAGAAAUCAGAGUUGUCAAUAAUUUGCUGUUCCCUAAAGAAAAAACAUACUGAGUUUUGCCUCAGAGAAUCUGGCUAUCUUUUAGUUGACCUCAGUUCUACUGACUGUUGAACACUGCUUAUGAAGUGCUCACCCUGAUGUAAAUGGCAGCUGCUAAUGGUCAGUCUUGCAGCAAGCAUGUAAUGUCUCAAAAGAGUAAGCCCUUGAUGAGCAUUUUAUAAAAGGUUAUUGCAAUUUGCUUCCUGUGUUUUAUCACAUGCAGUUUGUAGCUUGUUUAUCAGAAAAACCAAGUCAUCUUUCGAUGCUGCCACCGUGCUCCUCCUUUUAGAGGUCUGUUUCUUAAUCUCACUAUUAACAUGGUGCUGUUGUACGUGGGUGUAGCUGGUGUACAGUUAAGAAGUGUAAUAUAUGUAUUUUAUUUAUUAUGCCAAAUAGUAUUUAAUAAGUAUUAACAUGGUUUUGAUGAUAACUUGUGUCUACUUAGCUGAACAAGAUGUAACAGAGCUAACACUUUGUAACCUUAACAGAAUUUGAAAGCAUUGCAGUGGAUGUUUAUUUCAUACAGAAUGAUGGUUUGCUAUUAAAAAUUAAAACUCUGAAAGAGGGAGAAAAUCUAAGUUGUGAAGGUUCAGUUUUCAGCUGUGUAUCUUGAUAGCAAAAGCAGUUCACUUGAAAAUAACAUGUAAAAAUGUGUUUUGUUAAUUUAAGCAAAUAAAGAUAUAGUGAAGAUA